AUGUCGGACGACAGCCUGGACGACCUGUUCAAGCCUAACUCAUCGUCUGCGGAGGACGACCAUGAUGAAGAUUUCGAACCUGGAAGCGACUCAAGUGAUUCCCUUCUGGAACUUCUGGCUGCGAUUGAUAACACGCAUUUCUGA